UAAUUAUAUUUACACAGCCGAUAUCCUGUGUGAACACGAUCGGUUUAAAAUAUCAAGUUAACAGCUUUACCUCGACUACCGUUGUUGUGUAUGAUGUGACGAUAACUUUGUAUGCUUGAAUAUAACCAGUUUCAUGGAAGAACGGUAUUUCAAUGCAAAACAAUUAUUAACUACUUGACUUCAAACCAUAUUAUAAUAUACUGGUUUUCCGUGAUAACAGAUCAUCUUAACGUUCACACGGGAUUUAAAAGUGAACACUUGAUUGUAUUUGUAUAGUAUUAGAAAGUGUAAUUAUUCAUUUUUGUUAGUCUAUGUUGCAUUUAACCCGAGAGUCUUCCAAUAAAAGAAAAAAGAAGUGUGUAGUGGAUGCAUUACUUGAUUUAAUCAGCGGUGAGGUUAAAGGUUGAUUCCUGUGGAUCUUAAAUUGUAAAAUCUUCCUGUGGUAUCUGUGGAAAGACAUAUACGGUACGUCCGAACCUGGAAUAGGAAAGAAGCAAGUGACCAAUGGUAUUCGGUCAAAUUUGACCACCAAACUUAUAAACAAAUUGCAAGCAUCAGACAACAAGGACUUUUGUGGACGUAUGUUUAUGUACUAUUUUAAAUAAAACAUUCCUUUGAUCUCAGCACGACAGGAAAACCUAAAAUGGCAACAUCUGGCAACCCGUUUAGCAAAGGUUGGGUGCUACCUACGAGCUUAGAAUGCGAUAUCUGUCAAAGGAAAUUCGAAAAUAACUUUGCAUAUAAAAGCCAUUUGAGGAUACAUGGAAUUGGAAUAAAAUCAAUGAAAGGUCGUACAAAAAACACUGAUACUACCAAAAACAACAAGAAGGUAAAUAAGAUAACUGAAAGAAAUAAACAUAAUGUAGUUAAUGUCAUGUUGAAUUCAAAACAACAUCAAACCAAAGAUAAUGACGUCACUCUUAAAAAGGCUGCUAACGACGAUGUUAAAACAGAGAGUACAACAUGUGGCUCGAAUAAAUCUGGACCUGAAUACAGCUUUCAGUCACACUUGUCACAAAACGAUGCUAGUCAUAAAACGUUCUACAAAUGUGCACGGUGUGGUGAAACAUGCAAAAGUCAGGCACUACUGGAUAGUCAUAAAUGUAAAGUAGUACGAUGCGACAAGUGUUACAAACCUUUAAAGACAUUGGCUAGCCUGAAACAACAUGUAGCCGAGAUGCAUCCAAAAUCGUACGACUACACGUGCAUGAUAUGCGGAGUAUCUUUCAAAACAUCGUUAGGCCUCACGAAUCAUGUUAAAUCUCAUGAUGGUAAACAGGUUGAAAGACAACUAUACGAAUGCAGUUUCUGCAACCUUAAAUUAUACACACUGAAAUCAUUUAUAAGACACAAGCGUAAACAUACCAAGUUUUAUCAGUGCACUAUUUGCAAAGAAAUUUUCGAUAAAAGAGAGGAACAAAUAUUCCAUUCAAAAUAUAGUCACGUGCGAAGUCGACCAUUCAAAUGCCCUUAUUGUAUGUUAUCUUUUAGUUCAAAACAUAUUCGUAAUACUCAUAUAAAGGGGAUUCACAAAGAUUUAGCACAGCUUUCGCUAGACAACACUCAGCCGAAGUAUGAGUGCACCCAGUGCAAGACUUCCUUCUCACAGGAGUAUUUACUUCGGAAUCACGUGAUGAAAGUGCACUGUAAAGACGAUGACACUGUUAACAAAAUAAAACAAACGGAUGCAAAGAUAAUGAAAAAGAAGAAUGGCAUGGCGCGGGUAAGACGUAUUGAUAAAAAUGAUGGAAAAAUAACUGUAAGGCAGAUGGAAGGGAAAAGUGCUACGAUGCUAUUAGGACACGCUGAUAAUAAAAGUGAACGGUAUAAAUGUGAAAUUUGCAAAGCAUCGUACACCAGACGGAACGAUCUUAAGGUGCAUAUAAAUGAGAAACAUUUAGACAGCUCUCAAAGUGAUCAAAUUAAACGGAAAAUCAUGGGUGUCAGUGGGAAAGAUAUGGUUACAAAUGACACUCCGAUACAAUCGCCUUUGGACACAAGUAUGACUAAUAGUACAAACCUUUGGAGAAAGCAGAAAGAAAUGAAUGCGGCGAUAUUACGAGAACACUAUGUUGCUAAUGACAGUCUUACGCCAAGUCAUGUGGAUCCGAUCACAGGUAAGAAGCUAUACGUUUGUGAAAUUUGCUCAACGACUUACAUGCACAAAGACAGUUUAGCACGACAUAUAAAGAGCAGGGCGUAUGACCAUGGUUUCUAUCUAAAAAGUAUAAAAGAAGCAAGCAAGGCGGGGCAGCUGAAGCCACGUUUUGAAUGUGAUGUUUGUUAUAAAAUGUACGCAAGGCGAUACAAUAUGUUAUUACAUAGACAGAGGCAUACGGAAAGAGAGUUCAAGGAAGCGGGUGUUCUUGAAGAUUUAUAUAAAUCCCCGGAUGGUAAAACAGUGAUAUCAAAUCUUGAACUGAGUUCUGCUGUUAUCCCUAGCACCGAACAGGAAUUCACAAGCAGCACAACCAAAACACCAAUUAAUGAAUCGUCAGACCGAACGGAUGACGUUGAUGUUGCGAUUUAUAUGGAUAAAGCGGACGAUGAUACUGUAGAAGAAAUUCUUUACACAGCACGUCCAUACUUUUCUGAGACUAAUGAAGACACCGAACGUGUACAAGUGGAAAAUAUGUCAUAUGAAGGUGAUAAUACACGAGUUGUUGAUGGUGUGCAAACUGAACGUGGACCUAUCAGAGGAGAAUGUAUUGUGUGUGUUGAUGAAAACAAUGCCGGACAGACUGUGGAAAUAGUUUCAGCAGAGAUAACUGAGAUAAGAGAAGAGACGCAAGAAGGAAUCAAGAGAUCAAGAGAAAUUCAUGCAGGAACACACGUACCAUUGAAUACUACUGAUAUAAACAAUCAGAUCGAAACGACAGAAGAAAUCAACAGGCAAGUUCAACAUCAUACAGAGGAAAACACAAAUAUAACUAGUAUAAAUUUACAAAAUGAAACGUCUGAAGGAAGUAGCAUUCCAUGUAAGGUCCAUUCAGUCGAAAGUUUAUAUAACAGAUCUACUGAAGAACUCAACAAGUCAUCUGCAAAGGCAGAUACAAACACAGUUCAUCAUAUGGAUGAACACGAAAAAGACAAUCAAAAUGAAUUACCGACCACACCUGAACAAUAUACCAACACAAUUGCUACACUGACGGAUACGUUGUCGUCCGUUUCAGCAGUCGAUGAUGACAGAGUGUGUACAACAUGCAGACAUGCAUUUCGGGAUGGGCAAAAAGGCAUGCGAUGUGCAUUUUGUGAUCAUACAUUUUGUAUAAAGUGUUCAGAUAUACCGAUAGAUGUAUACAAUGUGUUGUAUGGUAACGAAAAAGAAUGUUCGACAGGUAUCUUGUGGACAUGUAAUGUCUGCAAUAAUCUGGUUCCAAAGUUUACAGUACUUCUCCGACAGCUCGGAGAUUUUGAGCAAAUCAUUAACAAUCGCUUAACAGAUAUGGAGCAAAAGUUGUCGAUGAUGAGACCAACUGUGGAAAAGACUGACUACAAAGCUGAUUUCGUAUGACCAACUAUGAGGUUGAUAUUGGCGUGACCGACAAUGGAGAUGGUUUUGUAUAAUCAACUAUGAAGCUGUUUUUGUAUGAUUGACAAGUAAGCUAAUUUUGCAUGGUCGACAAUGAAGCUGAUUUUGUGUGAUCGACUAUGAAAGCUGAUUUUGGCAUGAUUGGUUUUAAAGCCUAUUUGGCAUGACUGAAAAAAAAUACUAUUCUGUAUGACUGACAAUGAAGCCGAUUGGACAUGACUGACAAGGUGGUUGUAUGGUUAAAGAGAAAGCUUGCUGCACGCCUAUCAAAUAGAAGUCAUUGUCUGACGAUUAAUAGCAGCCUGUUAAACAAAAAUAUUUAAAAACAGACAUUUUAUAUCGUAUAGCGCCAUCUACCGUAAUGAAAGAUAUGUCUUUUUUUCAAAUAUUUUCGUUUAUCACUCUGUACAGAGUAUUGUUAUAAAAUUCUAUAUAAAGUGGGUUAUUGCGAAAAAGACUUAAAGUUAUCCAAGGAACAUAACUCUGUUAGGUAUUCCUGAUAUGUUUUGUUACUACAGUUAUUCAACAUUCAACAACAGAGUGAAUCACCUACAUAGAUUUAAGCAUAGUUACCAUGCUUGAAGAGGAAGACAUGUAAAGUGAAGAAGUAUGAUUAGCAACUCUGAAACGAUUGCGCUUAUUGACUUUUAGAUUAUCUUAUGAUUAUGUUAAGCUGCCAAAUGUAAAAAAGUACGGUAUAAAGAGAAACUAUUAGAUUAAGGAAUGCGAAACUGCAUAAGGACAACUGCAUGAUGGUCUGCAGUUUGCAUUUCGCGAUUCAAAUUGCAAACUGUUUUCAAAAAUACAUUUUGCGUGUCUGUCCUAUUCUGUUCCGAAUAUAAGAGUAAACAUUUCAGUUUGUUCGCGCCGUAUAUUUUGAUCUGAAUAGGAAACUGCAAAUUACUGUGUAGUACAAAAUUUAAAGUAAGUUUUUGUUUAUGCAAUUCAAGAAUGGUAUUUUUAAAGCAUUUCAGUUUCUUCCACGCUUUGUACUUUGAAUUGCAAACUGCAAACUGAAAAAUAGUUUGUAUUUUGCGAUCAAAACAGCAAGAUGUAUUUUAAUUUUGCAGCUAGAGUUAAAUAUUAAGCAGGGAUUCAAUGCCUGAGAAAUAUGUAACUACGUUUUGCAAUUAAGGUUUGGAAAUAGAAAUUUCCGUCUUUUUCACGCUCUGUAAUUUGAAUUGCAGUCUGCAAAAAAACAUGCAUUUGCAGUUCGAAUAACAAAAUACAAAAUGUAGUUUACAUUUUGCAAUUUUGGAUAUUGAGCCGCAAAGACGAUAUUUUGCAUUUCGCUAUUACAUCUAAAACGUAAGGGUUUUUUUUACAAUUCACAAUAAUAUUUUGCACUUCACUGCUCUGUUUAGCGGAUAUUACGCUGCUCAGUAGAUGGUAAUCACAUCAGUGUCAAUGGUAUACUUUUGACUACUGUUCACAACGUCAUAAGCACUACAGUUAGAAAUGUCCUGUAAAUAUUUCUCAGUGAAUAAUACAGUACCAUGAACACAAGCAUAUGAGUAGUGUUCCGUAAGCAGAAUCCGCAAUGUUGUGAACACUGUCCAGUAAGUAGCAUUGAGUGUGCAGUGAACAUCAGCAAAUGAGUUGUGUUCAGUAAACAUACGUCUGAGAGAACAUUAGUAAAUGAGAAAUGUUGUGAACAUUAUUCUGUAAUCAACGUUCCGUGAGUAGUUUUCAGAGCCGUGAAGACUUUACACUGUUCAUUAAGAAAGGUCAGUGAAAAUUGCCUGCCAAGCACACUGCGAAUGGAGCCUUUCUCAGUACAAAAAGGACAUUUUUUGGAAAAAAGUAACCACAUACAUUGGAGAGUCCCCUUCUCUUAUGUAUCUUAUGUAAAGUGGCGAUAUUUUUCCAACCUUUGUGUUUGAUGUUGUUGUUGUUUUUAUUAACUUUAUUUUCUCGAUAUAAACAUCCAAAAACCCUCCUGUAAAGCAGUGGGUCCCGAUUUAAAGAUAAUUAAAAAGAAACGUAUGUAUUUAUUAUAUUGAAAAAGACGUUCGCAAAUAUUUAAUUCUGGAAUGUAUCAAUGUCACUCAGAAUCUUUGAAUGUCACCACUGUAUUCGAAUAUACGAGGGUUAUUCCAAAAAUAAUGACAAACGCGCGCUUCCUUAGAAGUUGGACAAUAAUGUUUUACGGAUAAAACAUGCCGACUGAUUCCUUUAUAAUCCUGCAACUUUUCAUUGAAAACUAUUAUACCAUUUCGGAGAUAAUUAGUUUUGAAUACGGUUUGACAUAUACACUAAGCAAAAUACAUGUACCUGUGAAAAGCGAAGAAUAAUAUAUAAAAUUCGAGUGUAUACAUUGAAGUACGUUGUUUAUUAGAAAUACUUGCAAGGCAAGUACUUCGUGAACUACAUAUUUCAUAUGGGAAGUGUGCAGUACCAGACAAAACUGUUCACAUCUGGGUACGUAAAUUUAAAAAUGGUCAGACAGCCCUUCAAAACAGUAGUGACGAUGAAGAACAUUACUGCUGUGAGACGUCUGAUUGAUAAAGACGCCAGGUAAAGGUGUCCUAAGGGACUCUCCAGUGUAUGUGGUCGCACGUUUACUUUUUUUAAAAAAAUGUACUUUUUGUAGUGAGAAAGGCUCCAUUUGCAGUGUCGACGGGGGAUAUCUUCUACAAAAUAGAACAUGAACAAUCAAAGCAUAUGUGAUAUAAGACAAAAUGUGUUGUUCAAAAUGAAAUAACCUGUCUUGAAAGUUUCUUCUACUUAUUAUGAACAUUUUGGUAGAUUGAUAGACCAGGGCCUAUGUGACGUAAAAUUUUUUAAAAAAUUCACCCGAGGGGUUGUUUCAAAAGACUUUACAUGAACCUUAAGUUAACUUGGUGUUUUAACUCAAUUUCAUGUUAUUGUUUUGUUUUCACUUCUAAACGACAUAAUACUGUGCGCUACCUGUAGUUCGGUUUUGUGGCGAGCGAUGUUUGUGUACUUUUAAUUAUGGAAUGAUCCGUUAUAUAGGUAGUGUUAUUCGGUACGAUCUGGUGGUUCUUACUAAAUAAGGCAAAGUAAAUCAUGCUGACUUCCGUAGGUUAUAGAGGCCUUGUCAAUAUCAUGUGCCCAUUUUCCAUAUCGAAAUAGCUACAGUAUUGUAGGUAAUAAAGGGCUUAAAUGUAUAUGAGACACAAAAAAAAAUAUACAAGUUUAAAGUGGGGCUUUCGUUUAAUUUCUGUUAGCGCGCACCUGCGCGCACCUGCAUUUUCAGCGACCAAUGAAUGGUUAGGGUUAUAGAGCUUUCACUGUACCUGUGUUAGUCUUUAUACAGUGAUAAACACUGCGUUCUUGUUAAGUCAUCAGGCGGAGGUCUCCUUCAUCAAAUGUUUCGGCGCUUUCCACAUCACUCUCCAGAGGUGCGCCAACUGAGGUGAUCAGCCUCAGCCCUGGAUCAGCUAGCCCUUCCGCUGUUCUUCUCUCAUCCUUCACAGCCACUUUUAGGCCUUUCCUGCUUUCUUUGUUACUGUGAAUAUCAGGGCUCUUCUCUUGGCACCAUUCAUACCCAGGUUGCCACGGGCCUGCUAUAGUGACCAGGCGGCGAAUCCUCUUCACCCCGCCUCUACGGCAUAUUGUCUGAUUUUCCAUCCCUUCUGCCUACACGCAUCCACAAGUGUCUAGUACUUGGACAGUUUCCUCUUAUGGCAUCGUCCAUUCUUGUUUCCCACGGAACAGUCAGCUCCAUAAUCGUAACUUGUCUUGUUGUUUCAGACCACAAGACAAUGUCCGAUCGCUGAGAUGUUGAUACAAUCUCAGGUGGAAAUUGCAGCUUCUCCUUUAGGUCCGCCUUCAUGUCCCAGUCAUUGGCUGUGUCUAUGAAGCCUGCCUCCUUCGGCUUUGCUUUUCUUGAGUUAACUGCCCCGCUGCUAAUAACACUAAUAUAGUAAAGGAUCUAGGUCUUUACGUUAACAAACUUAUUACGUCACAAAAUAAAAACCGUUUCAUUAAAUUUUGUAUAUAUCCUCUCUACUGAACUUCAAAUCUCCAAAUUUGUGUAUAUUCAUUUUUUUUCGCAGCAGAUUUAGCAAGAAAGAGAUUGUCGACUUGAGUUUCUUUUAAGCAUAUUAUAUCUAUUUUAUCUGCUGUAAUAAAAUUGCAUACUUUUUUAUAUUUUAGCCUGGAUUCUUAUCCAUUAAUAUUUAGUGAAAACAUUUUAAAAUACAUUUUAUGUUUCAAAAUUUAUUAUUAGAGAGUUCGUUGAAUAGGCCAGUACUUAGGCUAAAAUAGGUACAUAAGAUGAGCUUACUGAAAGUACUUUUCCAGUUGAUUUUAGCAUUGUUUCUACAGGGUGGCCAACCCACAUUAACUCCCGGUAUAGUACACACUGGGAAAAGCACUUGAUUCAUGUAACACUUUUGUUCACAAUUCUCUUAUUACUUGACAGAUUGUAAUAACAUAAAAAUCGUCGAAGACAAUAAAUGGGGUUUUCCUCGUCACAAAGAAUAUGCCUGAAAUUCUUGAUGUUUUUCUCAAAGACUUUGUCCAAAUGUGUAGCUAACGUACAAAUUGGAAAGAAACAGUAUUUUUGUGGCAUACGCUUUGUGUCGAGAAAAGCAUCCAUUAUUCGUUUUGGCUCAGGCGCUUUUUAUUCUUUUAAAAUCCACCAAGUAGCAAGAAAAUUACAAACAAAUUGGUUACAUGAAUCGAGCGUUACGAUACAGAAAAUUCACAUGAGUUAACCGCCCUGUUCUACCAAAGCGUGCGUAGCAUACACUUUAAGCGAGUGUAUUCUAAUCGUAAUAAUUUGAUUUCCAGAAGCCAUUACAAAUAUUAUUUUGUUUUGUGUUUGAAAUUCUUUACUAUCUGCAAAGUUUUUUAAAUCUUUAGAAACGACACUCUCCUCCCUAUCUCUUGUUCCUUUUCAAAUGUUUCGACAGCAUUGAACCCGUUCUCCGUAAUCUUCCGACAGUCUAUGACCUCGUUGAUCCCGAUGCUCCCAUAGUGGUUGUCGUUCCGGAAAGUUUCUUUGACAUUAUGAAGAUAGAUCUAUAACGUCUACCAUUCUGAACCCUUUAGGAAUAGGUCAUCAGUCAAAACUAUUUUCAGUAGUGGGUCUCUAAAUAAAAUAUAUAUACAUUCAACCCUAAAAAACCUGAACUAUAUAAAAUUAUCACAAAUAAUUUACCUAUAAUAAUGUCAGACACUGAAAUGAAAGAGGUUCUCACACUUUUUCAAAGUUUAUCAAAAGCAAACGGUAACCACCAAACCUUACAAAACUAUUGACAAAAGCUAGAUUUACAACAAAUGCGGAAAUUUUACCGUUACAAAAAUCAAUAGACCAAAUUGUUGUUUAUGCAAUCAUAUCAAAGAAAGCAAUUGCUACAACUUUAACGGCAAAACAUUUUAUAUAAAUGGAAAUGUGUCCUGUGAUGUAAAACAUGUACUAUAUGUAAUUACCUGCAACGGAUGUGGAGAAUAUUAUAUUGGCCGAACGGGAUAAAUUAAGAAAAAGAAGAACUAUUCACGCACACCAAAUCAGACACCCUUCAACUAGACAAAUUCCACUAAGUUACCAUAUAGAGGUUUGCAGUAAUAAAGAUCCAAAGUUUCAAAUGUUCUCAUUUUUUUUAAUGAAAUUAGAUAGUACUUCAGCUAGGUUAGCGAAAGAAAAUUAUAUUAUAAAAUGCUUUAAACCGAAACUUAACAGAUUACAGUGACAGUUAAUUUCUAAACAAUCAAAUAACAAUAUUAAAUACGUCCCUUUGAGAGAAAUAACAUUAGACUUACGUCCCUUUAUAUUGACGUCGCGUCAUCACCAUAGUAAUGUCACGUUACAUUUAUAUGAACACCGAUGAGCCGAUAGCGAAACUAAUUUGUAUUUUUUAUAUAAUUAAAUACUGUCAGAAAGG